AUGUCUGGCUGGGACGCGUAUGUGAAUAACUUGUUGGAUAGCUCAGACGGCAUCAAGAAGGCAGCAAUAAUCGGAUUGGAAGAUGGCUCAGUAUGGGCAAGAAGUAGUGAAUUUAAGGUACGUAGGUCAAAAAUAUGAUUGUAUUUAGGUGAAAUUUGGUAAUUAAUUCUGCCUCUUACUUUAGCGUGACUUUUGCACUGAUAUUUAAAAAAAUUUUUUGAAAACCUUCAGACACAUGAUAUAUUCUAGUGUAAUUUUACUGUUGUAGGGAACGGACGCCGAGCUAAGAAAUCUUGCAGCCAGCUUUAAAAAUAUUGAAAGUGUUCCUACAACUGGCUCUGAUUUGGAAGGUCUUCACUACGUCGUACCACGCGUCGAAGAUAACUUGAUUUUUGGUAAAAAGGGCAGCCAAGGGUUUUGUGCAGUCAAAUCAAACACGGCAGUAAUUUUGGCCGUAUUUGAAGGCGAAACCGGAGCUGGAUCAGCAACUCGAAUGGCCGUUGAAAAGCUGGCGACUUAUCUACAAGAAACCGGAUAUUAA